UCAAAUACAAUCUGCAGCCUUCCCAGUUCCUGUCCGGGUUCCUGAUGGAACUUUUGGAGAGAGAGGAUUCAGCCCGGAGCGUGGUGUACACCUUCCCGCACCUCACCAUCCAAGAGUUUGUAGCCGCACUUGCACAAUUCCUGACUGUAGAUCCCGGGAAUAUCGUGAAAUUCCUGUCUGAAGCCCACAGCAAGACAGACGGGCGAUUUGAAAUAUUUCUCCGUUUUGUCGCUGGUCUCUCCUCCCCACGGUCAGCUCGGGUCCUGGAGGAGUUUCUGGGUCCAUUUCCUAAUGAAACAACCUGCCGAGUGAUUGACUGGGUGAAGGAGGAGGUUAAACACCAGGCUGGAAACACAGAGAGUGAAGCUGAUAAACGGAGGCUCCUGAACACGCUUCACUACCUGUUUGAGUCUCAGAAUCCUGGACUGGCUCAGCAGACACUGGGAUCUGUGGAAACACUUUCAUUCUAUGAACUGGGACUGACGCCGAUUGACUUUGCGGUCCUGUCUCAUGUCAUCAGGUUCUGUGAUACAAUCAAACACCUCAAUCUGGAGGACUGCCGCAUUCAGUGUGAAGGUCUCCAGCGGCUGGGACCGGCUCUGCACAAGUGUCAGCGCUUGAGACUGGGUUUCAAUGACCUGGGAGAUUCUGGAGUGAAACUGGUGUCUGCGGCUCUGCAGAACCCGGACUGUAAAAUACAGACUCUGAGGCUGGCUUAUGUCGGUCUCACAGAUUCUGGAGCCAAGGAUCUCGUCUCCGCUCUUAGUACAAACCACUCACUGACAGAGCUGGACCUGAGUGGUAAUAAACUGGGAGAUUCUGGAGUGAAACUGGUGUCUGCGGCUCUGAGGAACCCGGACUGUAAAAUACAGAGACUGUGGCUGAACGGUGUCAGUCUCACAGAUUCUGGUGCCGAGGAUCUCGUCUCCGCUCUCAGUACAAACCACACGGUGACGGAGCUGUGGCUGUCACACAACUAUCUCACAGACCGAUCUGUCCCCGCUCUCCGCCGCCUCAUACUGAACCUCCUGAGACUGAAGCAGAUCGGGCUGGAGAAUAAGUUCAGUGCGGAUGGACGGAACCAGCUGAAGAGUCUGCAGGGAAUCAGACGCGGACUGAGUGUAACCGUGUGAACAUCUCGGGGUGUGAACGUCACUGACCUGGGGAACGGAAUAUUGUUGGCUGAUUCCCCGCUCUCCCAUUUAAAUGGCCGCCCUCCCCUUUAAACACCAACGCUUCCCGGGCCGGCCGGGCAGUGAUGUCAGAGGCGGCCCUGCCCGCUGUCACGUGACCCGGGUACGCGGUGAUGCUGCUGCUGACACCGGAUAUCCGGUGCUGACCCAGUGGGGGACGAGGGAAUUGCAGCUGGAUCUGCAGGAUCCCAGAUGUGACUUUAUCAGCUCCUGCUGUGGAUUGAUAGUGACAACAGCAGCAGCAACAUUGUUCAAACUGUUCAUUCACACAGCAAUGUCUGUUACUGCUGUAUUGUCUGUAAAUCAAAUGUAAAUAGUUAAUGACAGUAAA